AUGGCCACGUCUAUACUUGGGGAAGAGCCGCGCUUCGGAACGACCCCGUUGGCCAUGCUGGCGGCGACCUGCAACAAGAUCGGCAACACGAGCCCGCUGACGACGCUGCCGGAGUCGAGCGCUUUCGCCAAGGGCGGCUUCCAUCCCUGGAAGCGCUCCUCGUCCAGCUGCAACCUCGGCUCCAGCCUCUCGGGCUUCGCCGUGGCCACCGGCGGCCGCGGCUCAGGCGGCCUGGCGGGCGGCUCUGGAGCAGCCAACAGCGCCUUCUGCUUGGCCUCCACGUCCCCCACGUCGUCCGCUUUCAGCAGCGACUACGGCGGCCUCUUCUCCAACUCGGCAGCGGCCGCGGCCGCGGCGGCCGGGGUGUCCCCGCAAGAGGCGGGCGGCCAGUCGGCCUUCAUCUCCAAGGUGCACACGACGGCGGCCGACGGCCUGUACCCGCGCGUGGGCAUGGCGCACCCGUACGAGUCGUGGUACAAGUCAGGCUUCCACUCAACGCUGGCGGCGGGCGAGGUGACCAACGGCGCGGCGUCGUCGUGGUGGGACGUGCACAGCAGCCCAGGCUCGUGGCUGGAGGUGCAGAACCCCGCUGGGGGGCUCCAGAGCUCGCUGCACUCGGGCGCCCCCCAGGCCUCGCUGCACUCGCAGCUCGGCACCUACAACCCCGACUUCAGCUCGCUCACGCACUCGGCCUUCAGCUCCACGGGCCUCGGCUCCUCGGCCGCCGCCGCCUCGCACUUGCUCUCCACCAGCCAGCACCUGCUGGCCCAGGACGGCUUCAAGCCGGUGCUGCCCUCCUACUCGGACUCCAGCGCCGCCGUGGCGGCCGCCGCAGCCAGCGCCAUGAUCUCGGGCGCCGCGGCCGCCGCCGCCGGGGGGAGCUCGGCGCGCUCGGCCCGCCGCUACUCCGGCCGCGCCACCUGCGACUGCCCCAAUUGCCAGGAGGCGGAGCGGCUGGGCCCGGCCGGGGCGAGUCUGCGGCGCAAGGGCCUGCACAGCUGCCACAUCCCGGGCUGCGGCAAGGUGUACGGCAAGACGUCGCACCUGAAGGCGCACCUGCGCUGGCACACGGGCGAGCGGCCCUUCGUGUGCAACUGGCUCUUCUGCGGCAAGCGCUUCACGCGCUCGGACGAGCUGCAGCGGCACCUGCGGACUCACACGGGCGAGAAGCGCUUCGCCUGUCCGGUGUGCAAUAAGCGCUUCAUGCGCAGCGACCACCUGAGCAAACACAUUAAGACGCACAACGGGGGUGGCGGGGGCAAAAAGGGCAGCGACAGUGACACGGACGCCAGCAACCUGGAGACGCCCCGCUCCGAGUCCCCCGACCUCAUCCUGCACGACUCCGGCGUCAGUGCCGCCCGGGCGGCGGCGGCGGCGGCUGCAGCGGCGGCGGCGGCGGCGGCCUCGGCAGGAGGCAAGGAAGCCGCGUCUGGCCCCAACGACUCUUAG